AUGAUGUGCGUUCUCUUUCUUCUUUCUCUCUCCGUCUCUCUCGCAACGUACGAAGCGUUUCAACUGUUUUUAAAGCGGCACGUGUUGGGAAUAUUCUCCGUCCGUCUUUCGCUCUCAAACUUUCGCUUUCGGAGCGCAAACAGAGAGGCUCUUUAUUCGAAAUCGCGAAACGCACCCGUUCUUUACGUUCUCUCUCUUCCUCAAACUUCGCUCAUGCGCUUUUUCUUCUCACGCAGUAUAUACGUCGUCCUGUCCGUGUGGAUGAUGCAAAAACUUGAGGUGACGGCUUCUCAAGAGACAAAAAUUGCAUUCGGAAGCUGCAACAAGCACCAAAAAAUGAACGCGACUUCAAUAUGGACCUCGAUCGAACGGACUAACCCGAACGCAUUCAUAUGGCUCGGAGACGCGGUAUACGCGGACACUCGGAUUACGUUCGAGAAGAGGAAGUAUUUUGGAGAGAAGUUCCACGCUGAAGCGUACGCGGCGGUGAAGCGGUUCCCGGCGUACGAGAGGCUGGCGAAGAAAGCGCGGAUUUUAGGGACGUGGGACGACCACGAUUACGGCAUGAACAACGCGGGGAAACAUUGGGAACACAAGGAAACGGCGAAAGAGUUGUUUUUAGAUUUUUUGGACGAAGGGAAGGAGACGGAGCGACGGUUGGAAAGAGACGGGGUGUACGAGAGUUAUUCCGUGUACGAGGACGACGAGGCGAAACGAGGCAGGGAGGUACAGAUUCUAUUGUUGGAUACUCGGUGGAACUUCGUCGACGGAUCGACGCCUGAAGAUGGAGAAGCGGAUAUUUUAGGUCCAAAGCAAUGGGAGUGGUUGGAAAAGGAGUUGAUGAAACCGAGCAACGCGGAGGUGACGUUGAUUGGGUCCUCGAUACAAGUGUUCGCCGAGCUCAAUCAGAUGUAUAAAGCGGUGAAUUAUAAAAUCGCGAGAGAAUUCGGGAAAUCGAUAGAGAAUUGGGGUUCGUUUCCGUCGAAUCAAAAGAGGUUAAUGCGUCUCGUCUCCAAGGCAAAAGAGAGAAGGGUUAUAUUCUUAUCCGGCGACGUGCACGUAGGGAUGAUUGACGUUCGAGCGCCCGGAUGUCAUUUACCGUACGAGAGCAUAGACGCGACCAGUUCUGGAAUCACGCACGUCGCGGUGGAAGAAGUCCGACCAAAAUGGGUGACGUAUUUUUACAAAAAGAUGACGCCGUCGAAGUUCAUGCCGAGAUGGUGGUACCCGAAGAAUAUCGUUCCCGAUAUCUACAUGGGGUUAAACUUUGGCGAAGUUUUAAUACAUUGGGAUAAAAACAGCCUAGACGUGAACAUCUUGGGCGAAAGCGGUGAAGUCGUCGUAUCCAAGGAAGUCUUAUUUUCCUCGCUCGAAGCGCCAAAAGGAGGAACGACGGCAGAGCAACCCACAUACGAGGAAUGUUUCCGCGAGCGUUCGAUGUCCGAUUUUCAAAAACAAUGGACCUUUCACAAAGCGGCGUUUUUCAUCGUGUUCCCGUGGAUCGUAGUUUUGGGUUUCGGCCUUUGGGCGUGGUACGUACUCGUCGUAAAAACAAUCUGUUGCAACCCGAAUAUAGGUCGACGAAAACGACGUUCGAAAAUAGAUUAA